UUAGUACACGAUAAUACAGCUGCUUUCUGAAGAUGUCCCCAGAUGUUGAGAGUCAAUCCUCCGGUGCGCGCUCCCGCAGCCGGUGUCUGGACACCUUCCUCACCGUGUCCGUGAUCGCGCUCUUCGUCAUGUUUAUCUUCGCUCUCGCCGUCGCGCUGCCCUUCGCCAUAAACAUCGGGAGCGAGAUGAGCGCGUUAAAGACGCGAGACGCCGAGGGGCAGAAAAACGCACUCGGGAUGGACGCACCUGAAGCCGCUUAUAAGAUGCAGAAUUUCGCAUACCUGAGGGCCACCAACAGUGAACUGACAAAAGGCGUGAUGGAUUGGGAAUCCAUCCUGUAUGGCAAGGGACAGUCCAUCGGAUCGAUGUACAGCUAUGACAAGAAUCAGAGAGUUCUGAACGUGAACAAAGCUGGAAGCUACUUCAUGUACGUCCAACUGACUUUCUCCUGCACACACAUCUGUCCGUCCGGCCAAUUUACCACCAGCAUUUACAAUCGAGAUGACAAAAAGCAACUGACCUGCACGGUCUCGCUGCCGGAAACGCCCGGCAUGAAUGGAUCGGCACCAGUUAGCAGGACAUGCUGGCACGUCAUCACCCUUCCGGAUCAGCAAAGUCGUCUAAUAGCGAAAACAGAGUUUUCAAAACAGACACUUAACCAUUGGAAACUGGAAUUGAACGAUUCUGGAUUUGGGAUAUUUUUGGUUGACGGAGCAGCAUGAGAUCAUCACGCAUGCUCGCGAGAGACUGGACUAACUUCAGGAGAACAUGGACUCCUCGCCUGCAGCUAUGAGCUCGUGGGUCUCGAACCCUCAUUGGCACUUUUAUCCUCUCAGGACUUCUUUGUGUACUCUGGUGAACAGGCCCGGACACAAUCUGUGCACAACAUGUUCGCAGAUUUGGAACAUGCGUUGUUCUCGAACUUCUACACAUUCCUUGGCCGCUUGUUUGGCUUUUUAUAAAACACAUGGACUAAAUUGAUUGUUCAACUCACAAUUAUUCCCCACACUUCAAACAAAUAUGCAGAAACGUGAAGAGUGGCUGGGCUAGCAGAUGACUGAGAGAUAAGCAAAGCUGUUUUAUCACUAUUUAUAAUUUAAAUAUAUUUAUAUGUGUUAAUACAUUUAUAAGAAUUGUAAUAUUUAUACUUGUAUUUGUGUAUAUCGUACAUAUGAUGUGUUAAUGUUUACCGUAAGUGUAAAACUGUAGAUAUCACUACAUAUGAGCAGUAUGGCGGGGGCUAGACCUCCUGCAGGUCCUGCUCGACCGAUGGUAAAGCUGUCUAACAGUGGAACUAUAUCUUCCGUUCACAGAUUGGAGAUUGCACAUACUGUAUUAGCCUACAGAUGUUUAGCUGUGAAAUAAUGUGUAAACAUCAACACUUAGCCAUAGCUAGUGUACCGGGUGCCUUGUGAUAAAUUAAAGGUUCUCUAAAAUCUGUAACGUGAAGUUUUAGUCGUACAUGUGUAACAGGAGCCAGCUGGUGGGUAGCUGUACUGUAUGUAAACCUCGUUAGCACGCCUGCCGCCCAUGCUGGAGACCCCGGUUCGAAUCCCGCUUGGGCGGGUUGAGCAGGACCGGUUACACAUGUACUUAUGUGACAGUUUCCCUAGCGUAGCAUGCUAACAGCUGUGGCUGGUCUGACAGAUGUCAUCACUUUGAUGAGUGUUUUCGCCCUUCUGAAAACUGUCACAAAAGCUACAUGUGUGAAUAUACGUCAAUGGCUCUUCACACUCACGCUGUUUGUUGUAAAGUGGAGAUGUUUUGAAUGCUAACUAACUCAGGAACUCUAUAGUGAUGAAUGUAACAAUUAUGAAAGUUUGUGAAUUGUUUUAUUUUGUAUA